AUGACGCCCUACGACGAGAAGGACGUAGCGGACGUCCAAACAGCCUUCAAAAGGGAGGAUUCCAACAAUUCAUCCGAUGGCUUUGAGAAAUAUGUCACGGAAGAUCAAGCAUACGUCCUGGAAGCGGACCUCCAGAUGCGAGGCACCGACCUCGAGGAGGCCAUGGAAGCCGCAAGUCGGAUGACUGCAGAGGAGACUCAAGCAGCCAUUGAGAUGAUGGUGGCAGAGCACUCGACAGAUCCCAACUUCCCUUCGGGAAUCAUUGAGAAAGCAAGGCGAUACCUAUAUGAUGACACGUUGAAGGCAGAUUCGACCCAAUAUGCCAAGAUCUAUGAAGAACUCAAGAUUGAGGCUGCGAUGAUCAUGAUUAAUUCUGCAUACCCCGAAGUGCGGGCAGUAGUCGAUAACCACGAUGAUCCUUCAAUGCCGGCUAGCACGUUCAGGAGUUGGACCAUUGGGCUGAUUUAUGUGGCCGCUGGAGCCUUUAUCAACCAAUUCUUCUCUAUUCGUCAACCUGGUAUCACUGUCGCUACCAACGUUGCCCAGCUACUCGCUUUCCCUGCUGGCAAAUUACUGGACACAAUCCUUCCUACUUGGCAGUUCACAACUUUUGGUUAUACAUGGAGCCUUAACCCUGGCCCCUUCAAUAUGAAAGAACACAUGGUUAUCACGAUCAUGGCUAACGUAGGGUUCUCGGCUCCGUACACCAACUAUGUUAUCUUUGUACAGUAUAUUGAUCGGUUCUUCAAUCAGCCAUGGGCUUCUAACUUUGGUUACCAAAUUCUCGUCGGAUUAUCGACCAAUUUCAUUGGCUACGGUCUCGCUGGACUGACACGACGUUUCUUGGUAUAUCCCUCCCAGGCUAUAUGGCCCCAGAAUCUCGCUACGAUUGCUCUCAACAGAGCUUUCCACUCCGGCCGGAACGAUGUAGUGCACGGUUGGAGAAUCUCCCGGAUGCGGUGGUUUAUGUACUGCUUCACCGCUAUGUUCAUCUACUUCUGGUUCCCCAACUACAUCUUCCAGGCGCUCUCCUACUUCAACUGGAUCACCUGGAUCAGCCCAAAUAACGUCACUCUAGCCGCUGUAACCGGAGGUGUCACGGGCUUGGGCUUGAAUCCAUUCCCCACUUUUGACUGGAACAUGUUGACCGUUGUCGGCGAUCCGCUCAUCAAUCCGUUCUUUACCAUGCUCAACUUAUUCUUGGGUGCAUUGGCUACGUUCCCGAUUGUCAUUGGUAUCUGGUAUGGGAACGUCUGGAACACGGCGUACCUCCCGAUCAACUCCAAUGGUGUCUUUGAUAACACGGGCAAUCGUUACAACGUUUCGAGGGCAGUCAAUUCCGAUACAUUGUUCGACGAGGCCGGUUAUAAGGCAUACUCACCGGCCUACCUCGCUGCAGGGAACAUCUUGCUCUACGGCAUCUUCUUCGCGACAUACACUGCUACACUGUCGCAUGCGAUACUCUAUCACCGGCACGAGAUAGCUUACGGCUUUCGCAACCUGCUCAGCCGGAAAUCGUUCAAGGAGAACAGCAAAGACGUGCACUCUCGUUUAAUGUCCGUAUACAAAGAAGUCCCCGAGUGGUGGUAUUUUGUGACCCUUUGCGUUGCGAUCGGUAUAGGGGCUGCCGGUAUCGGUGCUUAUCCUACUAACACCACUCCCGCUGUUGUUCUCUAUGGAGUUUUCUUGGCAGCCAUCUUUUGUGUACCUAUCGGGAUCAUCCAGUCCGUCACAAACGUACAAGUUACCUUGAAUGUCCUUGCUGAAUUUCUGGGCGGGUUGUGGUUCCCCGGAAAUGCCACAGCAAUGAAUUAUUUCAAGUCUUACGGCUACGUUACGACGGCACAUACCUUGUCCUUCGCUCAGGACCUCAAGUUAUCACAUUACAUGCACAUUGCACCUCGUACUACUUUCACGAUCCAGAUGGUCGCUACCGUUGUGUCUACCUUUGUCUGCGUCGGUAUCUUGAACUUCCAGAUGACUCAGAUUCCCGACGUGUGCUCGCCGACACAACCCGAUCAUUUCACCUGUCCUGGAAUUAAUACUUUCUUCACCGCGGCCGUUCUCUGGGGCACCCUGGGCCCUAAACGAAUGUUCGGCGGAGGCGAGAUCUACAAUGGUCUUCUGUGGUGCUUCUUGAUCGGCGCAUUUUUGCCCGUCAUAUUCUACUACCUUGCGAAGAAAUACAGUAUCUUCAGUCACUUCCACCUACCGGUGUUCCUUGUUGGAGGUCUUGUCUGGGCGCCAUAUAAUCUGACGAAUAUUUGGCCCGCGAUGCCGAUCGCCUUCUUCUUCAAUGUAUUCGUGAAGCGAAGGUAUCUCGCGUGGUGGAGUAAAUACAACUAUAUUACGACUACGGCCUUCUCCUGCGCCAUUGCUUUGUCUGCGAUAGUGAUGUUCUUCGCUCUUCAAUGGCCUGGUGUGACUAUCAAUUGGUCAGGGAACGAUAGGCCGUAUGCUGGCUGCGACGGCACCGGAUGUCCGUUGCUGCCUAUCCCAGAGCAAGGCUAUUUCGGCCCGGGCCCGGGAGAGUUCUAAUGUGUGUG